CGAACGCCAGUGUUUUGUACGUCACUAGUAGCGAGCCAGCGAGAGCGUCCUGUGAUAACCUGGGAUCCAGAGGGGUACUUCGUUGGUAUAUUUUAUAUCGAGUGGAAAUGGCAGACUUGGGGUUGAAGGCAGGUGACCGGGUUCUGCUGUUGUGGAGUCAGCCAUCAUCUCCAGACGGCCUGAAAGAACUUGCAGAAACGUUAGGUGGCCUUGUCAGUGGUGGCCAGCUGUCAGUGGAGAAUAUAGAAAGGCUUGUAUUAUCUGCUCAUGGUCCAUCAAGCUAUGACUGCGUUCUAUCUGGAAUCCUGCCUGACAGUGCGGUCAUCCAUAGCUCUGAACUGCUUGAAGAAAUUGCGAGGAUCAUGAAACCUGGAGGGAAGCUUGUUCUAGAGGAGGCAGUUACUGGUUCUGAAAGCAACGGUGUUAGGUCAGCGGAGAAGCUAAUGUCGGUCCUGAAGCUGUCUGGACUGAUAUCAGUCACUGAGGUGAAAAAAGAGGCACUGAGCGAAGAGGCCACCACUGCUCUGAGGACCACCACAGGCUUCCAGGGGAACACUCUGUCACGGCUGCGUUUAUCAGCAGCUAAGCCCAAUUAUGAGGCAGGAGCCUCCACGCAGCUCAAGCUCAGCUUUGCCAAGAAGACUCCCAAACCAGCAGAAAAGCCAGCCCUGGACCCAAGUGCAGCCAAAAUGUGGACUCUGUCUGCCAAUGACAUGGACGAUGACGACGUAGACCUGAUAGAUUCCGAUGCUCUUCUGGACGCUGAUGACUUCAAGAAACCUGAUCCAGCCUCUCUCAAGGCACCCACGUGUGGAGAAGGUGCAAAAAAGAAGAAAAAGGCGUGCAAGAAUUGCACAUGCGGACUAGCUGAAGAAUUGGACCAGGAAAGCAAAGGAGCUCAGAAAGCCAGCCAGCCUAAAUCUGCCUGUGGAAGUUGCUAUUUGGGUGACGCCUUUAGAUGUGCCAGCUGUCCGUACCUGGGGAUGCCUGCUUUCAAACCAGGGGAGAAGGUCCUUCUGGAUAACAUGACACUGACUGAUGCAUAGAGCCACCCUUCUCACCUGUUCAGCCUCUUGCCACUAUGUACAUUCCUCAUCCCCGUCCCUUGCCAGCCUUUGUUACAGGUUCAGAUAUUUUUCUUAAAAGACCAGUCACCAUCAUGCCAUUUCAAAGCUGUUGCAACGUCAACCUGUCUAAUGGCAGAGAAUUCAAAUUUUUCCUGUGCCUCCUGUACAAGUUAUUAUACAGUUAUGCUUUCCAUUUGAUCUGUAACAAACACAGAACUGAAAUGGAAAACAUAAUGUGCAAGUAUGCAAACUCGUUUCUGUCAGUAGUUUCUCGUGCUGAGCUUACUCUGAUCAUACAAUAUGUGACUAUUCACCAAACCAAUCGAGUUAAAUCUUGACGUUGAUUUUUUUUUUCCUUCUGCUAAACGUGGCAGUGAAGAAUAAUCCUUGUUUAGUAAAUCAAGCGCACACAAUUCUGAAAUGUAUUACUGAUGUGUAUAAAGUGUAAUAUUUAAGAAUAAAAUGAUAAUUAUAGGUAAUGUUUCUA